AUGCUGGUAAAUUGGGAAGAAGUUGAUGUAUUUGUAGAAGAUGAUGGUAAAUUGGAAGAAGUUGAUGCAUUUCUAAAAGAUGAUGGUAGGUUAGAAGAAGUUGGCGUAUAUAAUGGUAAUGGUAAAUUGGUUGAUGUAUCUAUAGAAAAUGAUG